AAGUCAACGUAUCCAACUCUAUUCAUUUUUCAUCAGAGUUUCAACGUUUUAUCUUAGUUUUUUGGGUGAGAAAAAGAGAAAGGUAGAAGAUAAUGGGUUCAGUUUCUGAAACCGUUUGCGUCACCGGAGCUUCUGGUUUCAUCGGGUCAUGGCUCGUUAUGAGACUCAUCGAGCGUGGCUACACCGUUCGAGCCACCGUUCGUGACCCAGGGAACAUGAAGAAGGUGAAGCAUUUGGUGGAGCUGCCAGGUGCAAAGACCAAGCUCUCUCUGUGGAAGGCUGAUCUAGGUGAUGAGGGAAGCUUUGAUGAAGCCAUUAAAGGAUGCACCGGAGUUUUUCAUGUCGCAACUCCAAUGGACUUUGAGUCUAAGGAUCCUGAGAAUGAAAUGAUAAAACCUACGGUAAACGGAGUUCUAGACAUCAUGAAAGCUUGCAUGAAGGCAAAGACAGUGAGAAGGCUUGUGUUUACAUCUUCAGCAGGAACACUUAAUGUGAUUGAGCACCAAAAGCCCAUUUUUGAUGAAACUUGUUGGAGUGACGUUGAGUUUUGUAGGAGAGUAAAGAUGACCGGUUGGAUGUAUUUCGUUUCUAAAACACUAGCUGAGAAAGAAGCAUGGAAAUUCGCGAAAAAGCAUGGCAUGGACUUCAUCACUAUCAUUCCACCUCUUGUUGUUGGUCCCUUUCUGAUGCCAACAAUGCCACCUAGCCUAAUCACUGCUCUUUCUCUCAUCACAGGAAAUGAGAGCCAUUAUUCGAUCAUAAAGCAAGGUCAAUUCGUGCACUUGGAUGAUCUAUGUCUUGCUCACAUAUUUCUGUUUGAACAACCAAAAGUUGAAGGGAGGUACAUAUGCAGUGCAUGUGACACCACUAUUCAUCACAUUGCCAAACUAAUCAAUGAAAAAUACCCUGAAUACAACAUCCCCACCAAGUUCAAGAAUAUUCCAAAUGAACUCGAGGUUGUGAGAUUUUCUUCGAAGAAGAUCGAAGGCUUGGGAUUCCAGUUUAAGUAUAGCUUAGAGGACAUGUACUGUGGAGCAAUUGAUACAUGCAGAGACAAAGGGCUUCUUCCUAAACCUGCAAAAAAUCCACUCAGUAGUACUAUCAUUCAGAAUGCAAAAACUUCAAUGAAUGGCAUCGUUCAGAACUAAACACAUGCUUUCAUUUCUUGUUGCAUGAAUGUUUCUUGGUUAAUUAUUUUCAAUCUCGGUUUUUUUAUUAAGUUAGAAAUGUGACUAUAUUGUAACAUGAAUCUUCUAAUAAAGUCUCAUGACUUUGCAUGUUUGAGGCUCAUCUAUAUGUAAAACUACGGUUUUUAGUGCUCAACAUGUACUUUUGUUGAUUCAAGUGAUUAUGGUCACAUAGUUGUUCACUCAUGCAA